AGACACAGUCUGACGGAGGAGAGGACACAACAGAGAUGAGUCGGAUAGACAAAGACGAGCCUUGGCCACCCUGUCACCACAACCACCGUCCUGUUGCAAGGAACUUCAAAAGGUGCGCAUGAGAAUAAAUAUUGUGACAUCUGGAGAGGAGCACCAGGAGAAUACAAGGGCUUUACGUUGAUCAAUGCAAGGGUCAAUACCUCUUCAGCUGCUGUGAGGAAGCUAGAACUGUCUCAGGCCGUAGGUGAACUGACCACACCUUAAAUAAACGUUUGGCCAAAUACAGUAUUGUUUUCUGGCCUUGUUGCUUGAGCUCAUCCAUAGGCCAUUGGCAUAAAUUAGAUUGCUGCAGAUUUUUUUCUCCCAUGGCGAGCAUUUGGGUCUCUCAACUGGGAACCAUUUGCAUACCCAAGACUUUGUUCUUGCUGUUUUCCUUCAUGCUGCUCAGGGAGCCUCUUUUUGGUAAGAGCAGUCCCAUCUCCAGCACUCAUCAGAGGUAUCGUCCUGCUCCAGGACUGGGUGACGGGCAUGGAGGGGUGGUGGAUCCAUCUCUGUUACAGCAGGAUGGUAGCACAAAGAUGCAAAACCUACUGGAGAGCCUGAAGGAGCAGUUUCUGCGGACAUUUAACCUGUCCGGAAUGAGCCCUUCAAACCUGCCACCUGGAAAUGCACGGGAGGAUCCGCCUGAGUACAUGAUGGAGCUUUAUAACCGCUUUGCUAAUGACCGCACUGCCAUGCCCACAGCCAACAUCAUACGCAGCUUCAAAAAUGAAGAUUCAAAUCCCAGUGUUGUGGGUGUUGGAGGGGUGAGACGUCACCCAUUGCUCUUCAACGUGUCAAUGCCCCAUCAUGAGCGCAUCACGGCAGCUGAACUACGCCUCUACACCCUCGUCCAGACUGACAGACAUCUCUACGCCGGUGUGGAUCGUAAGGUCACCAUCUAUGAGCUGACAUCACAUGACUCGGUUAACAUGACAGAUGAAAAGACAGUGAGGGGAGAUGUGUUUGCAGGGGUAGAGGACAGGACUGAUUUUUUGGAACUGGCUUCACGUCAGGUGUUUGGGACAGAUAACAGUUGGGAAGCUUUUGACCUCACUGCCGCUGUGCAGCGUUGGUGCAAAUCUGAUGGAGCAACAACACACCGGCUGGAAGUGCACAUUUCCAGCAUUGGUGAUGACGAGAAUGCUGAGAGUAUGAAAGAGAUCAGCAAAAAUGAGGGUACACCUGAAGGUGACAUGAGGAUUGAAAACAGCCCAGAGGAAAAACAUAAACCUCUUCUGAUUGUUUUCUCUGAUGAUCAGAGUAGUGAUCACCGUGACAACAGGCGUGAGCUGAAUGAGAUGAUUGACCAUGAGACUUCUAGUGCUGUUCUGCAGAAUGACUUUGGGACAGAUCUGAGUGGGGUGUGGGGUGAGGACAGAAGUGAGGCUGAACCAGAUGAGGAAGACCUCAUCCAAAUGCGUUCAAACCUGAUCUAUGACACAGCAUCCCGCAUUCGUCGCAAUGCCAAAGGAAACCACUGCAAGAAACAAUCUAUGUACGUAGAGUUCAAGGACAUUGGGUGGGAUAGCUGGAUUCUUGCACCCACUGGUUAUGAGGCCUUUGAAUGUGCUGGCAUUUGUUCAUACCCAUUGACAAAGCAUGUCACACCUACCAAACAUGCCAUAGUCCAGACACUAGUAAAUAUUAACAGUCCUCAGAAGGCAUCAAGAGCCUGCUGUGUGCCAACCAAGCUGGAGCCCAUCUCCUUACUCUACCUGGAUGACACAGGCGUAGUAACUUACAAGUACAAGUAUGAGGGAAUGGUGGUAGCUGAGUGCGGCUGCAGAUAGUCCACACCUUCAGGCAUUCAAACUCUCUAUAAAGUCUUACCACAACAGGAAAGAUACAAAACAUAAGUCGCAAAAAAAUUGAGUCAAGGGACAAUGAUUGAAAUCUCUUUGAGGCUUGUUUUGUGAGACUCGAAGUGCUAAUUUAAAACUCAUGGACAUUUGUGCACUGCAAGUGGACAAACAUGUAUAUUGUACCGUAAAAUAAAACAAGUACUUCAUCUUGUAGAGGAAAGGCAUGAAUAUUAGUCGCUAUCUGUCACAGAGUGGAGUGAAAGUAGAGCUGUGCAACAGAUCUACAGUCAGUUUGGUAUCCAAUGAUGUAAAGGUAUGCUCUCAUAUCCACAAUGCACAAUGCAAAUGAUUUCUCUAAGAACUGAGCCUCUUAUAAUUUGUGCAGACUGGUGGGAACUAGUGGGUCAGUCAGCCUCUUUCCUCUCUGUUCCCCUGACAUCUGUCUUCCUCUCCACUUAUCUCUGGCCUCCCCAUGCAAUGCAAACACUAAUCAGCACUUCAUGUGCCUUGGUGGAGUGAAAUGGCCUGCCUCCGGCAACCUGACAAGCCAUGAACUCUACAGGCUCAGCUCCUGCCUCCUGCCGCUGCCUGAUACGUGAGGUCUGCGAAGGGGUCCGGUUGGCAGGGUUGUUUAUCUCGACCCCGUUUCCCACUUCACAUGGCUAUUUUCCACCCCCCAGCAUUACAGCGAUAGCAAGGUGAUGGAGCUUGAGAAACAUGUACACUACCACAGGAUUGGAGGACUUGAGGCCAUUGAUGUGGUGGGGGCAUGGGAGAGUGAAGAAAGGGGCCAGGGGUUGUCCACGUUCCUGGGCAAAUUUUUCAACUAACUGACCCAGGUUCAUGUGGACCUUGCAUGUCUACAUCUAAGUAAUCCAUCACUUCUUUGAACAUAUUUUGGUUAAGAACUGACUCUAAAUCUGAUGUAAAUGUGGCAUAGAGGGCACAUUGUCACAAUAUACAAUACCUAAAAGAAAUACUUUUCUUUGUUAUAAGCCAUUUGAUAUGUCUGCUGCUUGUGUCAAAUAAAAUACUAUUUAUUGUUCUAAUUUAUUAAUUUCUACAACAGAGUAAAUGAUUAUAUAUGUACAUUUGUAAGUGAGAACAGAGAUUUUAUGUUUAUGACAAUGCAAUUGCAGCACAAGUAAAAUUUGUUGGGAAGAGAAAUGGUAACAGUUUGUAAAACAAUAAAAAAAGUACUGAAAUCA